GCCUGUCACGGAGACACGAAGUGAGGAAGCCACAGGCCCCUCCCACAGAGAGGAGACUGGCAGUGGCAGGUCUCAGGCCGGGCCGGAGAGAGAGGGUGGAUGGGAAGGACAGGGAUGCCCCUGCACUGGGCUUUCGAGGGCGCACGAACUGGGUGUGAUCUGCCCUCCAAAGGGACGAUUUAGUCAGGGUGUGUUUGGCUCUGAGGAGCAGAAAACUACUGAAUCCUACUCAAAUCAAGCCCACCAACUCAGGGGCAGCCACGGGUGGUAGGGAAACAGACGUUGGGGCUCAAAGUUCCAUCACCUCCACAAUGCUCACUAGUCUGUCUUUUCCCCCAUCAGCUUCUUCAGAGUGUGGCCCCAGCAGUGACUCUGUCACCUUCCAGUUCAAUUCCCCAGCCCCCUCUCACUUCCUCAGCCUAUGUCCCAAAGCCUAGAGAGGGGGUCUGCCCAGCCCAGCCCCGCCUGUGGAUUCUGGGCCAGGUGUCUAGCCUGGUACAAUCUACUGGACCGUGAGAAGGGGUGUGGGUGAGAGCAUAAGCAUGUCUGGUGCAGAGCCCCAUAGUGAGAGUCUGAUAAACAGGCUCCCCCUGGGGACUGGGGACCAGCUUUGUGUCUAGCCUGCACUUAGAUCUGUAGACCUCCAGACAGACCAAUUCCCCUCUCUCACAGCCAUGGGAUGGCGCCUGGAUUUGCUUAGCAUGUUCAUGCCUGUGAGCUCAUCAUGUCACAGGUGGGGAAACAGGCCCUAGCAGUGAAAUGAUUUAUCUAGGAACAUGCAGUGACGAGAGGAGAGGUCUGUCCCACAGCCUCUGCAGCCCAGUUGCUAGGAACGGGUUCUUCUCCUGCUCCUGGUGCCUCCCAGAGUCCCUCCCUGAAUCACCUACUUCCAGGUUGGGGCCCCAAAGGGCAGCAAUCAGAUCGGAUCUGAGGGAUUUGGGAGUCUGUGGGCAAGGGCAGCCUGCUCUGGGCUGCUCUGGGCUUUUGGAUGGACCCCAGGGACAGGAAGGGAGCCCCCUGCCCCCAUUUUUGCACAAGGGAAAAUCCUAUGGAGAGUCUUGCUGUCUACAAGUCAAGGCAGGUUAAAAACUAGGGCUCUGGACCCAGACAGACCUAGUCUGAAUCUCCCACCAGCACUCAGGCUGCACAACCCCUGCUUUGAGCUGUGCCCUCGGCCUCUCCCUUCCCCCUCCACCGCAGUGUGGGCAGCUCUCUCCAUCCCAUCAUGGCCCACUCAGGCCUCGUCUUGAAUAAUCCUCUAACCCACCCCUUAUCAGGCAGGGCAGGUAGGAGCUGCUUUGUGGCAGUCUUGGAGGAGUUGUAAACACUGCCUACCACUCCCUGCUAGCUCAGCUCUGAGAAAGGGUGUUUACCUAGUUUUUAAAGUAUUAUUAUUAUUAUUUUUAAUUAAAGGAAAUUUCCUGGAAAACUGACAUCUCAAAAAGAAUAUAACCCUUAGACGGCACUGAUUCCUCUUCUUCAGGAAGUAUGGGGGGAGGGAGGUUGCUCUCUUGGCUAGCUCAGCUUCUCUCCCACAACCCCUCCUGGAGAAACCCUGUCUAAAUACCCCCUUAUUUUAGUCCUUGACCUGAAAAUCCUUUGCCCUACAAUUUGGACUAUUAAGCAGCUAUUUGCAGGCUCCAGCAGGCAUCGGAAUCACCAGAGGCAAAUGUAAAAAUGCAGAUUCCUGGGCCCACCAGAGAGCGUCUGAUUCAGCAGGUCUCCGGUGAAGCUGGGGGCGGGUGUCGGGGGGUGCGGGGGCGGGAGUGCGGAGGACACAGAUGGUGCUAAUCCUUGUCCAGUGAUUAUGAUGGGGCUUGAGGGGCACUUGUCAUUCCACAGUCUUACCACGAGAGGGCGCCGCGGACCGAGCUAAGUGGUUACCCUCUGCGGUCUUGUUCCUCCCGACAGGCUGCUGUCUUCAGCCCUUUGCGGUCUUGUUUCCUCCCGACAGGCUGCUGUCCUCAGGACUUGCUGAUCAGACAACAGGCUAAGGGUGAGCCGUGUUCCGGUGGGCAGCUUCCGCAGGGAAGGAAGCCCGACGUCAGGAAAGACGCUCGCAGCUGGCUGUGGGCACCUACCUGCGCCAGGCAUUCCACCUUGGUUCUUGCGCACUUGGGUUCCGGAGCUCAGAGAGUCCAGUGUCCAGCCUGGAAUCCGAUUCAGCUUGUUCUGCUCUGGGGUGCGCGGUUUCCCCAACCCUGAGCAAAGAGAGCAUCCGUCGUUUAGAUGGGAAAGCAGAGACCCAGGCAGCGGCAAGGGCUUAGUGGCAGCUGCUCUGGCUGCCAGCCCACCCAGGGCUCUUUGUCCUGCUAGGGCUGGGGGCAGAGGGUGGACCCCAGGAAGUCCAGCUGUGAGUCAGUUCUGAGUGCCCAGGAGCUGCUGGCCAGGGAUAGAUGCUGGCUGGUACCCCGCUUCCACAAAUGUGGGUGGCCUUGGUGAUUCAGUUCCCGGUGUCUGCCUAGAGGGGGCCGGCCCUGGGCUGGGACAGGAAGGAAGCGUGGGAGUAGGGAGGGGCUAUGGAGGGGCCUUAAGGGGCCCGGUGGUCCAACUCGUCUGGAUGCUGAGGUCUCACGGAAUAACUGCGGCCAGAGAUCGGGUGGCCCCGAGACUGGUCCUGGGAUGAGGGUCCCUGGGCGGGGGUCCUUGAAGUUGCAGUCCCCGGUGAAGCUGGGGGUUUUAUUGGGCUCCCUCAGAAAGGCACCUCAUUGUCCCCGCACUGCAUAGGUCUCUACGGGGGGCUUGCCUUGGCGCUGGAUAUGGAGAGGCCUGAUUCCCCACUGCUAGGGGAGAGGGGACAGGCAGCCUGGCCACUCCAUCUGGGGGGCUCUGCUGAUGGGGGACUGCUAGGCGGAUGCGGGGGGGGCUGUGAGCGGGCGGCUUGGGGGAGGAGCGAGACAUCCCUCCCGGCUCCGGGGGCGGGGCCUAGCCAGGGGCGGUGCUGGGGGCUCAGCUCAACUUUCCGGGUGGGGCGCGGGCGGCGGCGGUGGAGGGGGCCUAAGAGCGCGGGGCCUCGCCCGCGGGGCCCACCGGGGCUGAAGCCUGGCUGGAGCUGCUGCAGGAGCCGGAGCCGGAGCCCGAGCUGCCGAGAGCCGGAGCCGCCAGGAGCCGGAGCUGGAGCGCAGGCCUCUGCCAGAGCCUAGCCGAGCCGAGCUCAUCGCCGGGCACCGGCCUGAGCGCGGGCCGGUGUGUCAGCUAGCCGCUGGGCCUGGGCGCACUUGUCGGAGGGAGCGAGCCGCGACCACCAGGCACCACCGGGAGCCGGUUCCCGGAUCGCCCCUGCCAGGCCUGGGCCCGGCCUGAACGAGCAGUGGGUCGCGGGGUCUGGACCGAAGAGAAAAAGGAACGAGGAUUCCACCUAAUCGUGGAAUCGGCUUCAAAGCGGGAAGAAGAGUGGAGACUUCACCUGGGACCGGGCAGAGGUGCCUGCAGCUUACUAGGCCAGGCUUGAGCACCGGAGAGGCUGGCAUGCCAGCCGCUCGGCCUGGGUUCUGCCCUGCCUGAGCCAGGAGUACCGCAUAGCUCCUGGACCUUGGCUGGCACAGGCCUGGUACAAGAAGCAGUGCCCAUCUGUCUGAGGAAUUGCGCUCGGGCCUGGCCCAGAGUGGGACUCUUCGGUGGCCCAGAGCUGGUCACUGGGGAGCCGUCCUCCUGCCCCGGACCCACUGGUACGGAUGUGUCGCUGCCCCCUGGAGCACCAUGACGGCAGGAUGACCUCAGCGGAGGCAGUGGUUAGUGGUGCUCGGGCGGCUGGGUCCCCCGAGUGGCCGCCCGACACCCGGCAGGCCCUUGGGCGGCCUGGCCGGGUUCGGGUGGCCGUGGCAGCUCUGGUGUGGCUGCUGGCAGGGGCCAGCAUGUCGAGCCUCAACAAGUGGAUCUUCACUGUGCAUGGCUUUGGACGGCCCCUGCUGCUCUCCGCCCUACACAUGCUGGCAGCAGCCUUGGCGUGCCGCUGGGGGGCACAGCGCCCCAUGCCCCGCCGCACUCGCCUCCAAGUGCUGCUGCUCAGUCUCACCUUCGGCACCUCGAUGGCUUGUGGCAACGUGGGCCUGAGCGCUGUGCCCCUGGACCUGGCACAGCUGGCCACCACUACCACGCCACUGAUCACGCUGGCCCUGUCCGCGCUGCUGCUCGGCCGGCGCCACCACCCACUGCAAUUUGCCGCCAUGGGCCCCCUCUGCCUGGGGGCAGCCUGCAGCCUGGCCGGGGAGCUCCGGACACCGCCUGCUGGCUGCGGCUUCCUGCUGGCUGCCACCUGCCUCCGCGGCCUCAAGUCCAUCCAGCAGAGUGCCCUGUUGCAGGAGGAGAGUCUGGACGCGGUGACCCUGCUGUAUGCCACCUCGCUGCCCAGCUUCUGCCUGCUGGCGGGUGCGGCCCUGGUGCUGGAGGCGGGCGUAGCCCUGCCGCCCGCUCCCACCAGCUCCCAGCUCUGGGCCUGCGUCCUGCUCAGCUGCCUGCUGUCCGUGCUCUACAACUUGGCCAGCUUCCUGCUGGCUCUCACCUCCGCCCUCACCGUCCACGUCCUGGGCAACCUCACUGUCGUGGGCAACCUCAUCCUGUCCCGACUCCUGUUUGGCAGCCGCCUCAGUGCCCUCAGCUACGUGGGCAUUGCACUCACCCUUUCAGGAAUGUUCCUUUACCACAACUGCGAGUUUGUGGCCUCCUGGGCUGCCCGCCGGGGCUUCUGGAGGAGGGGCCGGACUGGCAAAGGUCUUUGAGACCUAGGGGAACACCUGGGCUCCCUGGGACAGCCCAGCCUGAAUCCAACCUUGGCCAGUGGCCAUGGGAAAAGCAGAAAGCAGGCAGCCACUGGGGCCAGGGGAGAGAGAGAGGGGCCUUCUGGAAGGGCCACCUUGGAGGCUGGAAUGGGGAUUCCCGGAGAGAACCACCUCCUGUCCCUUGCCUGCCUCUGACCACAGACCUCACUCACCACUGGAUGGUGGGUCCAGACCUAGCACAGUCACUGUGCUUCUCGGACUGAUUAUUAGGAUGAGCAUCAACUACUACUCCAAAAAUUGCUGGCCAAACUUUGAAAACUUCACCAUGUUCUGAUGACGACGAUGAUGAUUCUUGGCAAUUGCACAAUCCUUCCUCCAGGAAGUGGGGGAGGCAGCUAGGGGGCCCAGGGAAGGGUCUCUUUGUUGCUGGGAUCCCCUGGGGAUUGGGGUCAUCUGCCAACUCCAGGCAGCUGCUGUAGCCUCACCCCUGGGCCCCCCAGUUUUGGGUCUUCCAUUCUCAAAUAAACUAUUUUUGCUUGUA